AUGGGGUCCCAAGCAGGGGAGGAGCUGCGCACGAGCCCCCGGGGCGAGCCGCCCGUGUCUUCGGCGGCCGUAGAGCCGCAGCAGCAGCAGCAGCAGCAGCAGCAGCAGCAGCAGGACACAGAGCUGCAGCAGGAGCAGCAGGAAACAGCAGCAGAGUGGGAGCUCGAAAUUGCGCAGCAGCAAUUCGUGGGGCCCCCAAUUCCCCUUCUGGAUCUUGCUGAGGAGUUUAUUGAAGGCAGCAAUGCCCGCAGCAAAAUCCUCUACCUAGUCAACCAGCAGCAGCAGCAGCAGCAGCAGCAGCAGCAGCAGCAGCAGCAGCAGCAGCAGCGCGGGCCGCUCGUCCGCAGGAUUCGGCGAGACGGCUGCUGCUUCUACAGGUCUUAUCUCUUUGGCGUUUUCGAACAAAUGUUAAAUGAAAAAACAAAAAUAAAUGCAUUUCGAGACAAAGUCGAAAAAGAAAUCAUUCCCAAGAUGGAGGCCACCGGUUAUUCAAAGGACACGAUAGCGGAGUUUGCAGAGGAGGUGUAUGCGGCUUUGGACAAGCUCUCGGCUCCUUCUGCGUCUCUGUCGGAUUUAAAUGCCAUUUUUAAUUCUGCGGGAUCUUCUAACUACCUUGUGGUGUUUGCCAGGCUGUGCGCGGCGUCGGAGCUGAAGUCCCGCGCGGACUUUUACGAACCCUUUUUGGAAGGGUUUUCAAUUAGGGUUUUCUGUCAACAAGAAGUUGAACCCAUGUGGAAAGGGGCAGAAGAACCCCAGCUAUUAGCUUUAGUUGCUGCAGUGGGGGUUUCUUUAGAAGUGGUUUACGUGGACCAAAGUCCCGGGGAAAAGCCGGUCCGCCACCUUUUCGAGGCCCCCGGCGGCCCCCCAGUGCAGCUGCUCUACCGCCCAGGCCAUUACGACCUUCUGUACCUCUAG